AUGGCCGACAUGCAGUACUCUAGCGCCUCAGGUUGUCCACCCCUACGGCAGGUCCGGGGGACUCGACUCGAUACUAUACCUGAGGACUAUCGCGAAACACAAUACUCGAUACAGAAGGAGCAGGUCGCAUCCGCUUCUCAGAAACCUGCAACAAUCCCCCGACUGAAGUUGAAGACGAGCGGCCUAGUGUCAGGGUUUCUGAGGCCGAAUCGAUUCUUCUCACCGAUAUCUGCCGGUUCUGUGUCAUCCUGCUCGGACACGGAGUGGCAACAGCAGAUGAAACCCUUUGAAGACCUCUACGACGCCACAGACGAGGAGUCGGUAACGAGUGACGAGUGUACUUCAUUUGCCAGCACUCGGCCGACAAGUUUGACAACUCCAACGACGCGAAAUUCCAUGCUAUCGCCAAUUUCUCGUAAGCGCUAUCCGAGUUUGGCCAUUCCACCUUCGCCAGUGUGGCCAUCAUUGCAAGGUGCUUGCAAAAGCUCCCCCAUUCCUCCCACGCCACCUUCAAAGAUACCAGUUUCUCCGGCAGCUCUGUCAAUGCUUGGUCGUUCUGUUCCUGCCGUGCAUGCUCCACCCUCUUUGGACGGAAGUAUAUCCUCGGACCAGGUAUCGAAUCUGAGCGCUCCGGCUACUCCAGAUUUGCAGUCAAUCCCUGAUCAGGACUGGGUCGUGCCAGGAGUUCAUGUUCGACCAGACUUGGAAGAUGUGGAAGACGUUGACAUCCCCGCACUCGAUGCAGAUCCAGAUGUGCAGAGCAUUGAGAUCGCCUUCGAUGCUGCUAGCGAAGAUUUAGCUCAAGUCUUGGGCCGGUUUCCUCGCAUCCCCGGUCAAGUGACGCCGCCUGCCUUCGAUAUGGACAUGGAACCGGAGUUGGUGCGGGAAGGUACGCCGUCGGACACAGGAGUACAUCUUCCCGAAGAUGCCUUGGAAACUUUACGGCACCUGUCACUCAAUAGAGUGCCAGAUCCUUGGGCCGAAUCAUCCGAUAGCAAUGACGAGAUGUGGCAAGUUGAGACUCCGCCUCAACGCCCUCGUAGUGCUGACGGUGUAACUCCUGCUUCUGAGCUUUCCGGUUAUAGCUUCAGCAGGUUGAGCAUUCCGUCUCCAGGUGGCUUCUUUGCUUCGUUAGCCCCACGUGCCCGCCAUACCUGGGCGAUCCCGAACGGAAACAAACCACCCAACUCUGCCACUGCUGAAAGGUUCUACAAGCUACCUUUUACCCGCACUGAGGGAGAGAUUGUUGAGCAGGUCAUUGAUUAUCCGGAAAGAGCGACGGACGAGGAGCUAACAGCAGUAUAUGAUCCAAGCGGUCCACCAACUGCUAUUAGAAUUCCCGCGGAGUAUGCCAUUGAGCCUCUUGGCACGCUGAGGAGCCCUGUGAGUACGGUUGUUGAGGAGAUGAACCACAAUCAGAUGCCCGUGUCAGAUCAAGCCGAGCGAGAUGAAGACUAUGAAGCUGAACUCAAGAAGAAAGCGAUGUCAGGCUUGGAUAGAACCAGUGUUUGGCUGGCAGCUCAAGCUUCUUACCUAGCAGCCUUGAACGAGACGAACCCCGCCAAUUCCAUCGACAAGGAAACUGGCAGCGAGAUUGAGGCUCCUCAGAAGCCUAGUCAACAAGCUCCAAGCUCUCUUGCCCGCAAGAGAUCGGCCAAAUUCACUGGAGUUCUUCCCGCUGCCCCCAGUUCGCAACCUUCCGCUUUGGCAAGUAAGGAUUCGAUUUACUGGAGAGGGUUCCAAGCUCUGCGCGACCAAUCCAGCAUAAAGGAUAUUCAUGUACAUCAACACGCUCGCUUUGAUGCUGUCCAGUCUGUUCGUGUCGGUAUGCCCGGUUUACACGUUGACUGUUUGACGGGAAAGUACGAAUUGAUUCCUAAUCAACGUCCUGCAUACAAAGGACCCUUUUCGAUGGCACCUCGCAAUUCGACACUCGACUCGGCUCGGGUGCAAAAAGCUCAAUUCUCUAUAGUUGAGAAAGAGCAGUUGGUGCUGUCGCAGAUCCGUCAGGCUAUGUGGGCUAUGGAUGCACUGAGGUUUCUCAAUGGCGGUCGCAUGCUUGUCAGCCCUGCAUCAAGAAAGCUUCGUGGCUCCAGCCGUUCGCCAAAAAUGUCAACAAAUGCGAAUCAAUGCAGUGUUCGGGUUCUGGAUCUUGGAGGGCAUGCGUCGUGUGAAUGGGCGUGGCAACUCGCCUAUGAUUAUCCUGAUGCCAAAGUCACAACAGUCUACACUGGCUCCCAGGAGGUCAAUCGCGGCAUCAAAGGACCUCCCAAUCACCGACAUGUUUCUGUUCCAAAACUGUGGAAGCUCCCUUUUCCCGACAACAAGUUCGAUGUGAUCUCAGCUCGUUCGUUGCCAGCUCUGCUGAAGAAAAAAUGCCCGAGCGGAGAGCUCCUUGACGAAUACGAUCUGUGCCUGAAAGAGUGCCUUCGCUGUCUCAAGCCCGGUGGCUAUCUGGAGUACUUCAUUCUAGAUGCUGAGAUCUUACACGCUGGUCCUCAGGGAUCUGCCAUCUCGGAGGAGUUCGUUGCCAAUCUUCAGGCUCAAGGAUAUGAUCCGGUGCCGACCAAAAGCUGGCUUGGACGCGUACAGAAGCACUUCACCGACAUCAAGCGAGCCUGGGCUUUCCUACCCAUGGGGAUCGAGCCCACCAAGACUGAGCCACCCAGAGAGACGCCGGAUCCGAGAGUCAAGAGUCUUGCUGGGGAUUACGAAGCGAUACACGGUCCUGUCGGUAGUACUGCUGACAUUGCCAGUAUCACGGGGCUACUAGGCGGAUGGCUUUGGGAACAGUGGUGUGUCAAGCUGCAGCAAGAGAUCGGAAUCGAGCGGGAGAAUCUACUCGCAGGAGUAGGCGCUGUGUUCGAUGAGGGCCGCAAGAACGAAGCAGGCUGGACCUUUACUAACGCCAAGCCCCAAAACAGUUUCUUCAAAACCCUCACCAACCAGACCGUCACCAUCGAGCUGAAAAACGACAUCCGCAUCCGCGGUACCCUCAAAUCCGUCGACCAAUACCUGAACAUCAAGCUCGACAAUGUCGAUGUCCUCGACCUGGACAAAUACCCGCACCUGUCGUCGGUCAAGAACAUGUUCAUUCGGGGUAGUGUGGUGCGCUACGUCCCCUUCGGCGCCAAAUCUCAGACCCCCGCGAAGCGCAACGGCAGUCUGCUGAACUUCUUCCAAAAAGCCGACGGACCGCCCAAAGCCACCUCCACCCAACCCCGGAUCACUCAAUUUGCCACCAAGACCGCCCGGCCGACCAGCAAUGGCCACAGCAGUACACCGACGCUGCGCAGACAAGGGAGUUCCACAGUCAGCAACGGCGCAGGCGAUCUAUUCCUCGAGGACAAAAACCGGAACCGAUCCGCGACCUACGCAGCCCCCGAGCCGCAGCGGACAGCACGGUCGAGGACUCCCGACGAUAUCUGGGAAGGCGAGCCGGAAACGCCGGCGCCAGCGACAGCGGCGACCGAGGAAGACCGCUACAAUGAGAACGGAUCCUCCGGCGUCAAGAAACGCAAGCUUGAUUCCCCGUCCGCUGCCGGCGAUGACGCAGCAGCAGCACGAGCGAAGUCGUCCGAUGCCGACGCUACCGGGGUAGCGGCGCCCGCGAAGAAAUCCCGUCACCUUAGUGGACCUUUCAUCGACGAAUCCGAUAGCGAGGAGGACGAGGAUCUGGAGAAGUUCCGUGAUUACGCGGAUGAGCCAUCAGUCGCAUUAAUAGACAAGCCCACUGCCAAUGCGACAGAAUCGCCCGUCGACGCCGAGGAAGCAGAUCCCACAGCUAAAACACGACCGACGCCCGCUGUCGAGACACCACCAUCCUUGGUAAGAGAAACCACGAGCUACACCGAACCUGAUGAAUAUACGAAUUUUGACGAUAUGGAAGACGAUAAUGGCGCGGAUGACGACGGAAAUACGUUUGGCUGUGAAGUGCCCAUUUGUCCGAUCUGUCAGACUAGUUUGACUGGUCUGAAUGAAGCUGAUGUCUCGGUGCACGUCAAUGACUGCUUAGAUGGCAAGCCUAGUACAGUACAGCCAAGGUCCGAUCCUACAGUCAAGUCUGAGCCUGAGAUCGAACCAGAUCCCGAAAUCAAGCUUGAACCCGAACCACCAUCGAAAGCACUGACUCGUUCGGACCGGGCAGCGAUUGCUCGCCCCGCACAACGUGAUCCUUACGCUUCCGGCGAGGCCGAGGCGAGGUCAGCCUUCUCUAAGCUCAUGGCUGGAAAUGCGGAGGAUAGCGCCUGGGCAGCAGCAGCAGCCAAUGAAGUGGCAUCCAGAGGCAAGCAGGCAUAUCAACGGACCUGUCCGUUCUACAAAAUCAUGCCCGGGUUCUCAAUAUGUGUGGACGCGUUUCGCUACGGUGCUGUCGAGGGCUGCAAUGCUUACUUUCUGAGUCACUUUCAUAGUGACCACUACAUUGGCCUUACGGGUUCAUGGCGACACGGUCCAAUUUACUGCAGUCGUGCGACAGCCAAUCUCGUGUGCCAGCAGUUGAAAGUCAAUCGUAAAUGGUUGGUGCCACUCGAGUUUGAGAAGAGGACGGAGAUCCCUGGCACGGGCGGAGCACAUGUGACAAUCAUCGAAGCGAACCAUUGUCCAGGAAGUGCCAUCUUUCUUUUUGAAAAGGCCAUGGGAUCUGGCCCAUCGAAACGAACGCAUCGGGUGCUUCAUUGCGGAGAUUUUCGCGCCUCGCCGCUCCAUGUGCAGCAUGCACUCUUGCGCCCGGAGGUUGUCGAUCCCACCACAGGUCAGCGUCGUCAGCAACACAUAGAUGCUUGCUACCUAGACACCACGUAUUUGAGCCCCAAAUAUGCCUUUCCAAGCCAGGAAGAUGUCAUACAGGCUUGUGCCGAUCUUUGCGUGGAGCUGAACGAGGGGCAGCAGAAAAGUAGCGGGCUUGCUUUCGGCUCAUCAGGUCGCUCGCCUGGGAUCGGGGGAGGGUUGAUGAGCAAGUUCGUUUCCAAAGUGACAGGCUCUUCGGGGUCGCAGUCUUCGACAUCGAGCUCAAGUGGUCGAUUGCUGGUGGUAAUAGGGACCUAUAGCAUUGGGAAAGAACGUAUCUGUCUGGGAAUCGCGCGUGCUCUGAAGAGCAAAAUUUUCGCCACCCCAGCCAAACAGCGGAUCUGCGCCUGCCUGGAGGACCCAGAGCUGUCAGCGCUGUUGACGGAUAAUCCACGCGAGGCACAAGUGCAUAUGCAGACCUUGUUUGAGAUUCGAGCGGAGACGCUGGCUGACUAUUUGGACACGUUGAAGCCGCACUUCACGAAAGUGGUGGGCUUUCGACCGACCGGGUGGACGUACCGACCGCCCGCGGGACGUAUGCUGGAUAACCCUCCUGUGUCGACGGUGCUUCAUUCGGCACAUUGGCAGACACCGUUUUCGGCACGCGACCUCGUGCCCCAACGGGGCAGCACGCGGGAAAGUGCGUGUUUUGGGGUGCCGUAUAGCGAGCACAGCUCGUUCCGGGAACUGACCAUGUUCUGCUGCGCCCUUCGGAUCGGACGGGUCAUCCCGACCGUGAAUGUGGGCAGUCAGAAGAGUCGUGAGCGCAUGAAGGCGUGGGCUGAGCGAUGGGAGGCGGAGAAACGGAAGAACCGGUCGGCCGCCAUGUUUGCCGACCUGCUCUCGCUGCAGGCCACCCCUUACCUUUUCUUGGGCUUGGUGGCCAUCUACUAUCUCGUCCCCUACUUACAAGUCUGGCGUCUACGUGAUAUCCCUUCUCCUGGCUUCGCUGCCUUCUCCAACUUCUGGCUCCUCCUCCAAACCCGUCGCGGGUCCCGUUUUCUCGUUGUCGAUGAUGCCCACAAACGCUAUGGCAAACUCGUCCGCAUCGCGCCCCGCCAUGUCUCCAUCGCCGAUGACAACGCGAUCCAGGCUGUUUACGGUCACGGAAAUGGUUUCUUGAAGGCGGACUUUUACGAUGCCUUUGUUUCCAUCCGUCGUGGUCUGUUCAACACUCGCGACCGUGCGGAGCACACCCGCAAGCGCAAGACCGUCUCGCACACUUUCAGUAUGAAGUCUAUCGGCCAGUUCGAGCAGUACAUCCACGGAAACAUUGAGCUUUUCGUUAAGAAGUGGACGAACAUGGCCAACACCCGGCGCGACCCUCGCACCGGCUAUGCCAGUCUCGAUGCCCUCAACUGGUUCAACUAUCUGGCUUUCGAUAUCAUCGGAGAUCUUGCUUUCGGUGCUCCCUUUGGUAUGCUUGAGAAGGAGCAGGAUAUCGCUGAGAUGCGCAAGACUCCGGAUUCUCCUCCUUCCUAUGUCCAGGCUGUUGAGGUGCUCAACCGUCGUGGUGAAGUGUCCGCCACCCUCGGCUGUUACCCCGCGCUGAAGCCGUUUGCCAAGUACCUUCCCGACCGCUUCUUCAGGGAUGGUAUGGAAGCUAUUGAGAACCUGGCUGGUAUUGCUGUCGCUCGAGUCAACGAGCGUCUGCGUCCUGAGGUGAUGGCCAACAACACUCGUGUGGAUCUCCUUGCUCGUCUUAUGGAAGGAAAGGACGGGAAUGGUAACAAGCUUGGUCGCGAAGAGUUGACAGCCGAGGCCCUGACCCAGUUGAUUGCCGGUUCUGAUACUACCUCCAAUACCUCCUGUGCUAUCCUAUACUGGUGCAUGCGCACCCCUGGUGUGAUUGAGAAGCUCCACAAGGUUCUCGAUGAGGCUAUUCCCAAGGACAUCGAGGUGCCUACUCACGCUAUGGUCAAGGAAAUUCCUUACUUGCAAUGGGUCAUCUGGGAGACCAUGCGUAUCCACAGCACCUCGGCGAUGGGUCUUCCCCGUGAAAUUCCCGCUGGCAACCCUCCCGUCACUAUCUCCGGCCACACCUUCUACCCCGGCGACAUUGUCUCUGUGCCGAGCUACACUAUCCACCACUCCAAGGAGAUCUGGGGCCCUGACGCCGACGACUUUGUCCCCGAGCGUUGGGACCCUGCCCGUCUCACUGCCCGCCAGAAGGCCGCGUUCAUUCCCUUCAGCACCGGUCCCCGUGCCUGCGUUGGUCGCAACGUUGCUGAAAUGGAGCUUCUCACUAUCUGCGGUACCGUGUUCCGCUUGUUCGAGUUCGAGAUGCAGCAGGAUGGACCCAUGGAGAGCCGCGAGGGCUUCCUACGUAAGCCCCUUGGGCUGCAGGUUGGCAUGAGAAGGAGACAGAUCGGCGCUUAG